AUGGUUAACAAAGACUAUUAUGCUAUAUUAGGUGUAAGUCGAAUAGCUACUACUGAUGAAAUUAAACGUGCAUAUAAACAAAAAGCAUUACAAUAUCAUCCGGAUAAAAAUCGUGAUGAUGUUGAUGCUGAAAAAAAAUUUACAGAUAUUCGAGAAGCUUAUGAAUUAUUAUCGGAUUAUUAUAAACGUUCAUUAUAUGAUCGAUUUGGUUCAAAUGAUAUUCGAAAUUAUUAUUUCAAUACGGAUUCUCAUACUAAUUUUCGUCAUUCAUUUUCAACCGAUAAUUCUCAUUCAUCAUUUGAUAAUAAUUCAACAUAUGAUCCAUUGAAUACUUAUUUAAUACGUUCUAAAGAUCCAACAACAUUCUUUGAUUUAUAUGUUACAUUAGAAGAAAUUAAUAAAGGUACAACAAGAAAAUUAAAAAUAACACGUAAACGAUUUAAAUCUGAACUUAAUAUAGCUGUUAAAGAUGAAAAAGUUCUUGAAAUUCAAAUAAAACCUGGUUGGAAAGAAGAUAUUCCUUUAAUUGAUUUUGGUCCUUUUCUUAAUGGAACACAUGAAGAUCGUCAAAAAGUAUCAUCAGAAAUAGGUGAUGCUUGUCGUAAUGUUGGCUUUUUUUAUUUAUCAAAUCAUGGUGUAUCAUCAUCACUUAUAGAACGUGUUUAUGAACAAGCGAAACAUUUUUUUUCUCAAUCAAUUGAAGAUAAAAUGAAAUUAUAUAUUGGUUCAUGUCCAUAUAAAAAUAAUCGAGGUUAUACACCUAUGUUUGAAGAAAAAUUAAGUCUUAAAGGUGAUCUUAAAGAAGGUUUUGAUUUAGCGAUGGAAUUACCAGCAGAUGAUAAAGAUCGUAUAGAACGAGGUGCUUCUUUAUAUGGACCAAACUUUUGGCCUGAGAAUCUCCAAGGAUUUCGUGAAUGUAUUUAUGAUGAAUAUUAUUUAACAAUGCUUUCUCUUGGUCAUCAAGUAUUAGAAGCAUUUGCUUUAUCUCUUCAUUUACCUUCAACUUAUUUUAAAGAUAUUUGUCAAAAACCAAUGGUAACUAUGCGUCUUCUUCAUUACCCUCCACAACCAAUUAUUAUUGAUGAAGAUCAACUUGGUUGUGGUGCGCAUACUGAUUAUGAAUGUUUUACACUUCUUUCUCAAUCAAAUCAAUCUGGUCUUCAAGUACUUAAUAGUAAAGGAGAAUGGAUUAAUGCUAAACCUAUUCCAAAUACAUUUGUUGUUAACAUUGGUGAUCUUAUGCAACGAUGGACAAAUGAUCAAUUUAAAUCGACAGUGCAUCGUGUUAUUAAUACAAGUGGAACAACACGUUAUUCAAUACCUGUCUUUUUUGGACCCGAUUAUUUUGCUGAAAUUAAAUGUUUAAUUAAUAAUGAAAUAGCAAAAUAUGAACCAGUUAUUGCCGGAAAAUAUUUAACACAAAGAUUUGAUGAUACUUAUCAUUAUAGACAAAAAGAUGCUACGUCUUCAAUCUAA